AUGGCUUCAAGCACGGCUGACCCAAGCAACCUCGUCCACCACACCAACUCCUGCCUUCCCCACCACCCGCCCCGGGUGGCCAGUGUGAUGCUGUCUCUGUUCUACACCGCCCUCUUGAUCUUUGCUGUCCUGGGAAAUGUUCUGGCCCUUCGCCUGGCCUAUCAAAAGGACAAGAAGAUCAACUCGACAGAUGUCUUCCUGGUCCACCUGGCAGUGUCCGACCUCCUGUUCACCCUGACCCUGCCCGGAAAGAUCACCUACUUCUUGCUGGACUUCAACUGGCCUUUCGGGGAGGGGUUCUGCAGGCUGACGGCCUUCAUCUUCUUUGUGAACACCUACUCGGGCAUCUAUCUGAUGACAUGCGUGAGCGUGGACCGCUACUUGGCUGUGGUCCGAGCCCACCAGUGUCCCCGGCUGCGUGAGCCCGGAUGGGCCCAGCUCAUCUGUGCAGCUGUGUGGGUCCUGGCGACGCUGCAGACGAGGGUUUUCAAACUGUGCCUGCAGCUCACCGUCUGCCUCAUGAACUUGAACUGUAGCAUCGACCCCGUCGCUUACUUCUUCGCGUCCUCGCGUUACAGGAAAUGGCUCCGACACUUUCUGAAACUCAAAGCAUCACCAUCUUCUCCUUCCUCCCCGCAGGGAAAAGCUUCCUCAGAAACACAAAGUAUCAACCAGACAGGAGGCUCCUUGCCCUUGGAGGAGAAUGAAGUCUAAGAGGUGAUGGGCUCUCAUACUGCACCUGGGGGUCAGGGGGGAGGACCCCAAGCUUGUAGAAUUUGGGGAUUGGGUUCUUUAAGGAAAAGAAUACAAAACCAUAGAUGCAGUUAGGUACAAGGUCGUGGAAGGUGAGUGAGGAGCUCUGAAGCGAGCAUUCAUUAGCUCUGCUGUAAACCUACUUCUGGGGCUUCCCUGGUGGCUCAGCUGGUAAAGAAUCUGCCUGCACUGCUGGAGACCUGCGUUCAAUCCCUGGGUUGCGAAGAUCCCUCGGAGAAGGGAAAGGCUACCCACUCCAGUAUCGUUGCCUGGAGAAUUCCAUGGACAGAGGAGCCUGGUGGGUUAUAGUCCAUGGGAUUGCAAAGAGUUGGACUCAACUGAAGCGACAGCACACAGCACGCACCUCUCAUGUAGUCUAAUAAACACCGCUUGGUCCUUGGCC